GGCUCGCUUUUAGUUUGACGUCACCUAACAGGAAGUGGCAAGCAGUUUGUCACGUCAGACUUUAUGGUUCUUAUUUGGUGAUGCUUGUGCGCGGGGACACCGGCCGUGGAGCAACGGCCAGCUUUUUGUUCAAAAUAUAAAAAAAAUAGCAUAACAAAUAAAUCACCUUAAAUGCUGCGCUCGCCAUGUCAAUCCGGAGCAUUAUUUGACAGUAAAUCAAAUAUUUCUUGAAAUUGUCGCCGAGAUGUUGACGGACAUGAGCUUGGACGAGGAGUUCGAGCUGAAGGAGGAAGAGCCCUGGUACGAUAAGCAAGACCUGGAAAACGACCUUCAGCUGGCCGCCGAGCUGGGCAAGUCGCUGCUGGAGAGGAACCGUGAGCUGGAACAGGGCGUGCAGCAGAUGUACUCCGUCAAUCAGGAGCAGGUGCAGGAGAUCGAGUACUUGGGCAAGCAGGUGGAGCUCCUGCGUCAGGUGAACGACCAGCACGCCAAAGUGUACGAGCAGUUGGACGUGGCGUCGCGCGAGCUGGAGCAGAGCAACCACAAGCUGACUCAGGACAACCGCAGAGCCCAUCACAAGAUCCACGGGCUGACGGAAACGGUGGAGGUGCUGCAGACGCGCGUGGACGAGCUGCAGCGGCAAGUGGACGACAUGAAGCUGGGACCCUCGCAGCUGGCCCAGGGGGGCCGGCGGAGGUCGCGUGUCGCCCAGAGUCUGGAGGAACUGCAAAAGCUCGGGCAGUGUGACGGCGAGCCAGUGGAGUCGCACGACGCUGUGCAGCAGUGGCACGAGGAGCAGCGGGCGUCACUGCGCCGCUCGCUACGCAGCCUCCAGGCUCAGUACGCUGGCGAACGCGCACGGCGGGAGGAGGCCGAGCGGGAGGCGGGGCGACUGAGCGGGCACAACGCGGCGCUCGAGCAGCAGCUGGCUGGCAUGGACGCGUCCAGAGUGCGAGUGUCUGAGUUGGAGCGAGAGGUCGAGGAGCUUCGUCACAUCUGGAAGUCUCAAUCCUUCUCCCGGCUGGCCGUGGCGUACGCUCUCCCCGAGGAGGAGGAGCGCCACGGGAAAGCCGAGCCCGGCUGGUCGUCCCCCCGAAGCCGGCGGCCCCUCAAGCGAUGGGCCAGCGAGCACCUCCUGAAGGCCAAGCACAGCGGCGACCUCGCGGGCGAGCACGAAUGCUGGUGCGCCCGGCUUGUCGAGAAGGGGGAAUGCGGCGGCAUCUCGCUGCUCAACGAGGUGGACGCGCAGUACAGCGCCUUGCAGGUCAAAUAUGAGCAGUUACUAAGGCACCUCAGAUUACCGCAGCGUCCACAAGAAGAAGAAGAAGAAGAAGAAGAAGAAGUUGAAGAGGAGGGGCUGAGCCACAAGGACGUCCAGACCGUGGACUACAACGGCAGCUUCCACCAGCCCGAGUACAAGGAACUGUUCCGGGAGAUUUUCGCUCGCAUCCAGAAAACCAAAGAGGACCUGAUGGAGAACAGGGCCAGGCCCCCCUGCACUUGACUCAAUACACUGAAGCAAGCGCUAGAAGGGGAGGAAAAAAAAAAAAAAAAAAGCAACGCCUUCUUCUUAGUAACCUAUUUCUAGAACUGUUUUUCUCCAAUUUAUUGCGAUCACUACUACUAGGAUGUAUGACACACUAUUAACUCCAAUGGCAACCUCUUGCUAUAUAUAGUGGGUUAGGCAAUACGGCCUUAAGAUAAUAAAAAAAAUAUAUGUUCUCUUUACAGAUAAUGUGAAAAUAAGUGCUGCCUUUAGGAAAAAAAAAUGUCCCUUGUAUGUAACCAUGAUCCUAAAUGAAUGAACAUUUUAAAUGUUCGACAAUUUAAAUUGCAUGCCAACGAGUCCAUAUGUAGUUGUACAGUACAUGACGUCUGUGGGAAUAUUCAAGUGCAAAUGACUCCAUGAUUGCCUUCCACUGGCCUCCCUUCAUGUCAUCAGGAAAACAAUGUGAAAACGAUUCCGCUCAUGUUGUCUAUUUCUUAAAGGGGGAAUUAAAGUAGCUUUUUUAUUUUUUUUUUUAAUUAGUUUCCCGAAGGUCACAAAUGUCACUAAAUAAAUCCAAUCAAAUCUUUCAAUUGGUAACACGGACAGCUUUUGUAAACUCUUCUCUGUUCCUAUCUAGUUUGUUAGUGGAAGCAGAGCAUGUCAGCGGUGACUUAGAACUACCGCAGAAGCUGCAAAAAAAAAAUAAAAAAUCUUCCUGACAACUCGCAUUCAUCGAAAAAAACAAUUUCAUCGCCCAGCCCUGGCUUCUGCAGUCCAUGCUGUAUUAUUUCCAGCACUUUUUCCUCCAGUUCAUUGCAAUAUCUACUGUGCACUAUUCAUUCCAAUGUGGACCUUUAAUUCUUACUAUUUCUCGCUUCUACAUCUUGAAUUUAGCAACUCUGAAUGUGUCUUAGUGAAAAAAGAGGAAAAAGGGAUGGUGCUUAACUUUAUGCAACAAAUGUCCCUGAAGCGAUACUUGAUUAUUUCUGUAUGUUGGAUGACUGAUGGAAUGUUUUUGUCACUGUCAGGUUGUAUAGCAGCCUCACUCUGUUGUUAACCAAUUGUCUUGUUUCCUUUCCACAUACAGUAUGCUUCUUCUAAUACGUUGACGCAAAUGGGUAAAUCUUGUUGCUGAUGAAUGAAAAACGCUAACUUAAUUAUUGCUGUUCUGAGCCAGAAUUCUUUUGUUUACAUUUCUUAGUAUGUCAAUUAAGUGUAUUUAUUGAAUCAGUGUCACAAUUAAAAAAAAAACGUUUUGUUUUAAAAUCCAC